GACAGUUCAUUAACGGUUGAUCAAGUUUAAUGCUAAAAAUGUUCCUGUAUCACAGGAAUGAAGGAACUUGACAGAACAGGUUUGUCUUGGGUGUAACACUGAAAACAAGUGAAGCAUUUUCACAGCAAGUGCUCUGUGAAAGUGGCAGUUCACAGAAACAAUGAAAGCAAGCUUUAAAGAAAUGCGGCAAAAAAAGCAAGUGAGAGACGGUACUGUGGAGUCUCUCACUUCUGAUUUAACAGAAGAGAAAAGUAAGCAGCUCCGUGCUUUGCUGGGGAAUGUGGAACUGUCUCUUCUCUACAAAGCUUCAGUUCAUGGAUAUAAAGCUUCUGCCUUCCACCAGAGAUGUGACCGUCAGGGUCCCACUUUACUUGUAGCCUACAACAGUUCAGGCUACAUCUUUGGUGGAUACACUAGUGUAGAUUAUGCUCAGAGCGGGCAGCAUAUUACAGAUGAGGACACAUUCAUAUUUAGUUUUCAGGGUAAAAUCCCUGUGUGCAUCAAAAUUAACAGUGGCUAUAAUGCACGUCUUGAUGACGCUGGAGUGCCCAGCUUUGGUCAACAGCUGUACUUUUGCUACAACAACCAACCAGUUGUGAAUAAUUCUGGAAGCAAUGCAUUCAGUAUUAAUACGGCAACAAUGUAUGGGAACGAUGCUCAACUGAGUGAAUGUGAGGUGUACAAAGUGGAGCAAAGCUCUCAAGUCAGUACUGAGGAGAAACCUUGGAGGAAUGUUCUGUGGACAGCUGAACGAAAAGAUGAGCUCAUGGAAAUGAUCAGGAACCAUAAACCUGUGGUGGCAUCUGUGAGUCGUGUCCGAAUCCUAAUGAUUGGUCCUGUAGGUGCUGGAAAAUCAAGUUUCUUCAACUCCAUCAACUCCAUCUUCAUGAGCCGCAUUACCAGCAAAGCCAUGUCAGGAUCUGCAGCCACUAGUCUCACCACACAGUUUCGCACAUAUCCAGUGAAAGAUGGUCGCGAGGGAAAACUGUUGCCAUUUGUGUUGUGUGACACCAUGGGACUCGAGGAGCAGUCAGGUGCAGGACUGGAUAUUGAGGACAUCAGCAGCAUUCUUCAAGGUCACGUACCAGACCGCUAUAAAUUCAACCCCACAACACCGUUUAAACCUGAUGAGCAAAAGUCCUCCAGACCUGUAUCUCUUCAGGAGAAGAUCCACUGUGUGGUGUAUGUGAUAGAUGCCACCAAAAUCUCCCUCAUGUCUGACAAACUACAGGAAAAACUUGCUUCCAUACGCAGAAAAGUGAACUCACUUGGCAUCUCUCAGAUCGUCUUGAUGACAAAAGUAGAUGAAGCAUGUCCUCUAGUGGAGGAAAAUCUUCAAAGUCUUUAUGUCAGUUCCUACAUCAAGACAAAGGUGCAGGAGGUGAGCUCUCGGUUGGGUGUGCCGGUGUCUUGUGUGUUACCGGUGAAGAACUACAGUCAGGAGCUGGAGCUGGAGCUCAACUGUGAUGUCCUGCUCCUCAGCGCUCUACAGCAGAUGCUCAACUUCGCAGACGACUAUCUGGAUGAUGCUUGUUAAAAUGGAAGACAAUAUAUAUAUAUAGAUUUGGGUUUUGUGGUUUCAGCUGAGACUAGAAUGUAGUAGAAAUUAUGGAUGUGGUCAAUAAAGUAAUUUGAUGUUAAUUUAUAACAAUUAUAGUCACAUCCGUUAGUUACUCACUGUGUCAAUAAUUAAGCAACCAAACAGCUUUAAAUGUAAUAAUGGAAUGGUGAGUGGGUGGUACUAAUAAUGACAGUAAAACAAAUAAAAUAAUAAAAAAUAUAUAUUUCUGGGGUGACGAGAAGACCAUUUAGGAAACAAGGUUUGCACUGAAACUGUUAACCUGCACUGUUGACUGUUUACUAAUAGCUAUUACACAUUUGACUGACUGAGGUACUGGAUUGUGUUUAACAUGCUUGUGAUUUUAGGAUGAUUUGCAAGUAAAGCAGGCUGAACUCACUACAAUUUUUCUGAAUUUGGACAUUUUACAAAUAGUUUGUAGGAAAAGAGAACUUAACAUAUUCACAUUCUUUACGUUAGCACACUCACACGCAUAUUGUCUAUGACCACGCUCAACUGACCUGAGGUACGUGUUCAAGUAUCGUGAUAUCGUGAAAUCUCCAAUGCGUAGUCAGUGCAGGGAAUAUUCUUUAUAUUCUUUAUAAGUUUAUAUAAAAUAAUAGUAUUUAAAUCUUAUUUACACAAAAAUAACUUAAUUCUGAAAGGAUGUCUACAUUCACUCAAUUUUACAGAGUAAAGUCAAAUUUAAAGGGGAGAUGCAUCGUCUCGGGCGACCCGAGUUCGAGUCUCGAUUCGAAGACCCCUUUCUAUCUACCUUGUACUGUCCUAUAAAAUAAAGUCAGUCAGUCCUAUAUAUAUAUAUAUAUAUAUAUAUAUAUAUAUAUACACACACAUAUAUACACAAGCAGAAAAGUAAGUGAAACCGAGCUGUUAAUAACGGAACUGCCAAAACAACAAAGAAAUAAUAUACAGGUCAAGAAAUUAAUUACCAUUAAUGUUUAUUGAAACAACGAAAGGUGUGAAUCAAAUGAAUCAGAGUUGUAGUCAAACAUGGGAUCAAGAACCAGAUAUUUACUGUCGGACAGUUAUUAGACAGAUGACAUCAGCAGGCUGGAACAAUAAAACUGAUGAACCGACAAUAAACCAGACGCACAGAAGCAAUCUUCUGUCCUGUAGAUAACGAUAUAUAAAAAACACCUAUAACCAUCCAGAGAAACCCACAGGACAGCACUAUUAGUUUACGUUAAACUGACAUCUCUUUCUUAUUUUGUAUAAUUAGUUUGGCACCUUUAAAUCACAGU